AUGUGUCAUUUCUUUGCAGAUGAAACACGCUUGUCAACAGUAGAAUUGGAUGCCACACUAGCUCCUAAAGGAGACUCUUACAAGUGUGAUUCUAUUAUAUCAGCAGUUUAUUCUGACUUCACUUGCACAACUCGUAUGUUACAACUCCAACCAUUUGGAGUGGAGAACGGGACUUAUUCUAAAGCUACAAUCUGUCCUGAAGAUCCAACCCCUUCGCCAGCACCCACGCCAACGCCAAAACCCACACAGACACCAACACCUCCACCUUCACCAGGAACAUGGAAUGUCACUGAUAAAGAAGGCAAAUUAUGUUUGCUUGCACAAUUCGGGAUGGAAUUUACUAUUCCAUAUUCUACAAGCAUGGCAGUGGAAAAUGCUACCUUUCCAUUACCCGUAACUGCUGUUGUAGACACAGUGAAAAGCACAUGUGGACUUAACAACUCAGUGUUGGUUCUCAAUUUUAACAAAGACUCUGAUAAGUCAAACAAUCUUACCAUGAAGUUUGAAAUGAAUGCUACUAACUUUUAUACAACUCAAGUCACACUGGAUUAUUUUAUUAGUCAUGCAGACUUUCCAAAUGCUACUGAUACAGGUGCACAAAAGAAUGUAUCCACUUCUGACCAAUUAUUUAAAGCUAGCAAAGAUAAAAGCUACUCCUGCCAUGCUGAACAAGUUUAUAAUUUGGGUAAAGGCUUCAUGGAGACAAGUGAUGUGCAACUACAGCCGUUCAAUGUUGAUGAAGAUUUCAGUCCAAGUAUGUAUAUCAAAAUAGUAUAA